CAGGAGGGUGGAGCUUUUUGUAUAGGAGAAUGAUAACAAAAAACUGUUUACAUUAUAUUGAUUUAUUUACGGCCUACAGAGCGAUUCCUUAAUGACAGAAGAUGAUUUCACACUUGGUUGUGAGCGCCCUUUUCCACCCCUGGAUUCGCCAUUGUCGGUCUGCUGGAAUGCACUACUACACACACAGAAAUUAUAAUUAUUUGGAGCUACUGAGGCGUUCACCCAAUUGACUAUUUGGAAUCAUAAUAGAUCUAUCGAAUAAACAUUUCAUGUAAGUAAAAUAGGCCUUAUAAAUUCCAUGCUAAUAACGAAAUAAACAUAACGAAAUAAACUUGACGAAAGCGACGACAGCAAACAAAGAUGGCGGUUGUGCGAUUCAUAUGCAUAGCGUUCUUUGCGUUUUCCUUAUUCUUUUUGGCAUCUGGAAACAGAAACCAAAUAGCUCUAAAAGAUGGCGGAUACGAAAACCUACUAAUUGCAAUUACCAAAGAAGAAAAAGAAGAUAAGGGACUAAUUGACAAUAUAAAGGAAAUCUUCACAGACGGCUCGUCAUUCCUUUUCAAAGCUACGGGACGUAGAGUUUAUUGGAAGACAAUAACGAUACUUGUACCUCAGUCAUGGCCUCAUCUCGCGGAGUAUGAACCAGCAAAAACAGAAACCUUCGACAGAACAAAUGUCCGCAUAGCUAAAGGAGAAUCACCAAGCCCGUAUGCACGCCUUACUGAAGGAUGUGGUAAACAGGGACAGUAUAUCAACUUAACGCCGCAGUACGUGCGAGAUAAAACAUAUGCUGUGAAAGGAUGGGGUCCUAGAGAUAAGUUAAUAGUACAUGAAUGGGCACAUUUCCGAUGGGGUGUUUUUGAUGAGUACCCAUAUGAAAACGACGAUAAAUUUGUUGUGAGCAAAAAGAAGAUCGAAGCGACACGCUGCACAAAGUCAGUUAGUGGUGUUUAUAGAGACUAUUCAAGAUCGGAUAGGAAAUGUCAAUUAGACCCGAAAACCGGAGUGUACACCAAAAGUUGUAAGUUCGAAGAUGACAAUUCACAGACGCAAAGAGCUGAGACUUCAAUAAUGUACAAACAGUUUUUACCUUCGAUAAACUUUUUUUGCAAUGGAAAUGAAGUUAAUCCUGAUAAACGUCAUUUUGCGGAAGCACCUAAUCGGCAUAAUAGGCUUUGUAAGGGGAAAAGUAUUUGGGAUGUAAUGCUGGGUACAGAUGAUUUCAAAAACAGUAAUAACCCACCGAGAACAGUUAGUACCACAACGCCAACGUUUCGAAUUGUUCAAGCUACAACAGCACGACGCGUUGUACUGGUCCUUGAUACCUCAGGGAGUAUGGAGGGUGAUCCUUUAAUGAAACUUCGUCAAGCUACAACUCACUAUCUUGAGUCCACCAUUUAUAUUGGUAGCUACGUUGCCAUUGUUGGGUUUUCUUCAUCUGCUUACCAGCUUGCACCGCUUACACUUGUGGCUGAUGACAAUUCUCGAGCACGACUUACCGGGGCAUUGCCUUCAAAUGCUAAUGGCCGUACAAGUAUUGCUUCAGGUGUUCGUAUGGGAAUACAGAUUUUAUCUUCAAAUGGACAAUCAUCAAAUGGUGGAUAUCUACUUGUAGUAAGUGAUGGGAAGGACACUUCAGUUCCUAGCGUGUUUGACGAAGUCGUAUCUUCUGGCGUAAUUAUUGAUACCAUAGCAAUAACCGAAGAUGCAGACAAUAUCCUGUCAGAGUUGUCCUCAAUAUCUGGGGGGCGUACAAGUUUCUAUUCAGGAUCGGAUAGUAUAACUGUCCUAAUUGAUUCACUAACAGCAACAAUCACAGAUCGACCUGACCAAACCAAUGAAGCGUUAGCCAUCACGAUCUAUAGUGAAGCACUGACCAUCGAUGACACUUCUGACACCGCUACAAGUGAUUGUUUUAUUGACACAGCUGUUGGAGUCGAUACAAUAUUUUUUUUUGCCUGGCUUGAUAAUCCUAUACAAGUCGUCCUACAUAGUCCAGAUGGACACAUUUUCAACAAAACCAGUGUAGAGUACAAUUUAAACAGCGCUGAUGAAAUCAUAACAAUUCGUAUAAAUGGGCGUGCUGUUGUAAUGUCAAACCACGUUGACGUUGCAAUAGAUCGUCUGCAACCAUCACGGAUUAUAGAUCUAAAAGUUAUUGAAGUUUCGUAUCAACAACAGAGUGUAACUUUACAAUGGACUGCAGUCGGUGAUGAUUUUGAUAAAGGAUCAGCUACUGAAUACGAUCUUCGAUUCGCCGAAACAUUUGAAGAGAUUUUUACAAACUUUUCCAGUGCAAAUCUAUUAACACAAGAUGACGUCAUUUCUGGAAACUUGUUGAUGAUCAAACAGUCUGGACUACUAGAAGAAGUUAAAGUUCGACUACCAAAGCGUGGAGCUGAAGUUUCAUAUUAUUUUGGUGUUAUGGCAAUCGACGAGGCUAACAAUACCGGUGGGCUAUCCAACAUUGUUUCUGCAAAUUUGGAAUAUAUUCCUCCUCUUGAACAAGAUUCCAAUGGGAUAAAUGUAUUGGUAUUGAUUGUGGUGGCAAUCGGUGUUGCAGGCUUCUUGAUGUUUACGUUGAUCGGCCUAUAUAUAAAACAUACAAGGCGAUCUACAACUGGGUCUAAUGACAGAGGACCUGCCCAUGUAAACCCUGCUUACGCCUAAUUCAAUAAAACUUGAUUAAUUAAAUCUUUAUAAUCAUUUUUGAAAAAGUUAUUAAGUUUUAAUAAUCGAUCAUUAUGGUUGGACGUGGUUUAAAGAACGAACGCCAAACAAACUAUUCAAGUAUUAUAGUUGAUAGAUAUAAUAUAAGAUGAUUAAAAAUACGAUAGAAUACCGUAACUUUUGAAUAGAAAAAAAAAAUGAUUUCAUCUGAAAUAUAUAAUCAAUAUGUAUUAGGACUCUACCGCUUCAGUUCAAUUAUGAAUGUAUUAACUAUCUUGUGAGCAGGUCUGGAUUGUUCAAAACAAAUUCAGAUGUGUCUCAUCAAAUAUUCGUUGUGUAUUACCUAUCAUCCUGAGAAAAUACGUGAAUUACCAGAAAGUAUACCUGCUUGGCCUCAUACGUAAAUCAAUCUGGCACAUGACCUAUACAAUCCAGAAAAUUUUAUUAUCGGGGUUUAUGUAUUAAAUUGUAUUGUUGAAAUAGAAAAAAUAUACAGUCUGUUAUGAAACAUGAAACAGUUCAUUUAAAAAUAUUAUCUUGCAAUACUACAAUAGUAAAAAGUUUUUACAGUUUUAAUACACAAGCUAUUUAAUCUAUGGGCCGAUAAAAAAAAAUGGUAUGUGUGUAUUCUUAAUUUAAUGAAUAAUUAGGUAUUAUUCUGCUUAAAUACACAAUCGUAAAUACUACUUAAUAUUGUAAUUGGUACUGUUAGGUCUAUAUAUUACAAAAGCUAAAAAAAUUUAUGAAUAUAGGCGACUGUAAAUGAAUGUUUGAACAAAGAUCCGGCAGAAGCGGUCGAAUGUCAUUAUACAGAUUAGGACAGCAAUCGAACAAAUACUGUACAGUGUUUUCUAUGGUUUGGCUUAUGUUACCAUUUGUAUCUGUAAUAUUAUAUCAUAUUUCAUAUUUUAUACAAUGACGUAUAGGCUAUGAUAUUGUAAGCAGGGGCAGAGAGGUACAGAUAUCUGCUCCUUGUUGUAACUGUAAUUGUGAGUAGGCAUGCAUAAUAUAUGUUAUUAGUGUCCACGGCACGAAGUCAACCGAUUCUACCUAAAUGAUCAGUUUUGGUGACAAAUAAAAUGCUGAUACACUUCUAUACUGGUACCAACACCAGUCAUCAAUCAUUUGAUCAAAAUCCCCUAAUCUAAUCAGGUUUGUUGACACUAUACUGUCAUGACUGUCACCGAAACUGAUACUCAUCAGAUCAUUUAGGUAGAAUCGGGUGACAAAGUGAUUAUAAACGCAUUGAAAGCAAUUAGAUAAUGUGUUAGUUAAGCAUGUUGGUAGUGAACUUCUUCCUUUAGAACAUAUAACAUGUAAAAUGAUUACAUCGUUAUUGAAUUUUAUGGAUAAUACAAUUAUAAAAUCUAUCUAUCGAAAA